AUGUCUCAGAUUACUCUCUUCACUGAUUCUAGGGUGCCUUGCCCACAGCGCCUGCUCCUUACUAUCCACGAACUUGGACUCCAGAUCAAGGAUAUCAGAGAGGUUGAUAUUUCCAAGUUUGAACAUAAGCGUCCAGAAAUUUUGGAACUCAAUCCUUUCGGCGCUGUGCCAUUUAUCCGGGACGAAACAUACGAUCCUCCAUUGAUGCUGACCGAAUCACGCGCUAUUGCAAGAUAUCUAGCGCAAGCGUACGGUAGCAGUGAUGCGUCUGCUUCACUGCUCCCUGAUCCAACAAACGUUGUUGCAGUUGCCAAGUUCGAAGAGGCAGCGUCAAUUGAACUUGCAUCCUUCGAUGCCUGCGCAAAUCAACUAGUAUUUGAAGAGCUGUUUAAGCCGUAUGUUCUUUCUGAACACCCCACACUACCGAUUCAAUAG